AUGAGCGCCGACCAUGGUGCUGCUGACGAUGGACCACACCCGGUGCGCAAGACCAUGGCGACCACCGAGCAGCGGGCCACCGAGUCCUUCGCGGACGUCAAGGACAUGGCCGUGGGGGAUGGUGGGACCUACCUGUCGGUGAGAGAUGUAAAUAGGGAAGGUGGGAGGAAGAUGGAUAGACGUUGGAUUCAUGGUGCUCUGUUUACCCCUCAGUAUAUUUGUGGUGUCCGGUCUUUCAUGAACUUUGUCAAAGAGAGGUUCUCUGAGUCUGAGAAGAUUUUGUGCCCAUGUGAAAGCUGUCUGAACUAUAAAUCUUUAGAGCAAAAUGAAGUGGAGAGGCACCUACUGCUCAAUGGCAUGUCCAGCACAUAUACCAGGUGGAUAGAUCAUGGAGAGGACAGAAAUAUUCAUGUUUUGGAGGAACUAGAAGUAGUUGAGGAUGCAAAUGUUGAUUCUUAUGUACCUGAGCACACCAAUGAUGGUUGUGGACUUGAAGAGAUGUUAGGGGACUUCGUCAGGUCUGAACAACAUAGAAAUGAGGCUAGACCUGAAGAUGGAAAUGAGGGUGCUGCAUCACAUUUCAAACAGUUGAUUGAAGAUGCUAAGCAGCAGACAUGUGCUGUGGACACUGGCAGAAGACCAGAAGUUUCUGAGAUCUUGCCUGACAUGCCUUUGAACAGAGUUGAUGAGGCUGGCCUUCUUGUUGAUGCUGCUGAGGUUGCUCGACUUAGAAAGGAAAAUGAAUCAAAGACUACUAGUGAAGAUGAGGGUGACGAGGUAGAGGAUGACACACUGAUGGAGUACUUGAGUGAAGAAGAAGCUGUCCCUGUUGAGGUUGAUAGCGAUGAUGAGUAG